AGACUUAGAGAUGAGAGAUAUUGUAAAUUUUAAAAGAAAGUGCUAUUAAAGAGGAUAUUAUAGUAGAGAUGUUUGUUUAAAUGGACUCUAACGACUGAUGCAAGUCUGUAUUCAGUAUGGACUGUCAGUCUCGAGUGGAAUUAAUUUUCUUGGAACUUGUCAAAGAUUUAGGUCUAUAUUGGUUUAAAAAUUCAUAAUAUAGGGUUUUAGUGUCCGAUUGAUAAUAGAGGUAAAUGCCCUAUCUGACUACCAGUAUAAAUACUGCGAGACUUCGACUGACGUCGGAGGCAAAUGCUAAAUCUGAUAUAAUGGUUGUUAAUGUUUGACUUACGAUAAAGGUAAGUAUUCUAUAUGACUACCAGUUUUAAUCUAUAUUGAAAAAUUUCCAAACAUGAAUAACAUCUUAAAAGCUGACAGCUCGAAUGACUGCAGAGAAGUGUAUACUACCUAAUUAUCAGUCCAAAAGUUUUAUGUGUUUGAUUGGCGGGAAGAUGAAUAUUGUCAGAGAACACAUUUUGUUAAGUAACUUGUUUAGACAUUUUGAAUUUAUUUCACUAGCGGAUAUCAAACGAUAUAUUACAGAAACUAUCGUAAUUUAAAUGAUAUGGAGGUAAUGGCAAAAGAAAUACAAUUUGACUUUAUCUCUCUUAAAAUGCAGUUUGAAAGUGUAAUUUCAUCUAGUAUAUUAUUUCAUUAAUAGGUGAAAACCCAGGAGAAGUGUCAGAGGCAGCUGUUGAGGACAAUGCUAGUUCUUCCGAAAGAUAUCAAAGCAAAUCAAUAGAUAAAGGUGAAAACUCAGCAGAAAUGUCACAUGCAGCUGUUAAAGACAAUGCUAGUUCUCCUGGAAGAUAUCAGAGCAAAUUAUUCGAUGAAGGUGAAAACUCAGAAGAAUUGUCACAGGCAGCUGAUGAAGACAAUAUUUUUUCUCGAAAACAUCAGAGUAAAUCAGUUGAUGGAGAACCUGUCACCAGGAAAAUCCGAAUGUUACUUGAGCGCUUACAGCAUUUACUUUCAGGAUUUCAGAUAUUUCGGCGAAGGAAAAAUACAGAUGAAUCGAGGAUGUCGGAAAAAGCUACUAUUGUUCAAGCAGAAAGAGCAACGGUGCAGCUUUUCAGUUCACAUAGUGGAAAUACGAUAAAGGAUAUAGAAGUGCAGUUUAUAGAAUUGCUAACGAAGAAGCUGAAAAAUGUCAGUUUUGUUAAAUGCAACGAAGUCAAAGACAUUGAAUGGGAAAAGAUGUUAAUUGUACUGUGUAUCAUUUCAUCUAGAGUAGUAACAGACGCCGCUUACGCUAUAAAAGACAUUAAAAAUCCAGCAAACACUGUUCUUAUGCUUAUCCAUAACAAAGAAAGUCAUGCCUUACCAAAACUUACCAGUUCAUCUGUCCUUACUGACCACGCAUUCCAGAAACUAGGAGGCGUAUUUGAUUUGGCGUUUGUUAAUAGAAGAGGAAUCUAUCAAUGUGAAAUGAAUGACAUUUCUUUAGAUAAAGUCUGCACCUUCAUAAAGCAAAGCAGGGUAGACACAAACUGACGGAGUGAUAGUCAUUUAGAGUGCUAAAGAUAAAGAUCUGCAGAGGGCCUAGAUAAGUUUGAUUUCGUAAGCAAAGUAGUUGUCAAUCAUUUCACAAGAUUACUUUUAUACAGAGGGUAAUUUGUUAGUUAGACAACCUGUUGGUCAUAUAAUUGCAUUUUAAUUGUUGAUGAAUUUCAGAGAAGAGAGCGCGUUGUUUGUUAGUUGAAAGUUUUUAUCAAUGCGUGAUACCUUGUAUUCGAAAUAAGUACUUGUACAAUUUGAUAUUUUUUAAAUUCAAAGAAAGUUUGUUCAAAUAAGCAAGUAUGUGAAUUGUGUCAAUGACUUAUUCUU